UGGGCUGACCGAUCGGCUGUUCUCAUUUCCUAAGCCAAGUCUUGGAGAAGAGGUUAUGUUUGUUAGAUGUUAAGCGUUGUUAUUAUGGUUCGUGUAUAGUGGUAGGUUACAAUGUUUCUUGGUGCAUGAACUGGAAGUGAAUGUUCAUUUUGAUUUAGAUUUGAACAUUACUAAAAUAUUGUGGGGCAAACAAAUCUCAAGUCUUAACUUUUAAUUUUUUUUUAACAAAAUGAAAAAAGCUUCGUAAUAUUGUUUGAGAUAUGCCCAUUGGUGUAUAUUCAGCAAAAUGACAAGAUUAAUUGUUCAAUUGUUGCCUUACUCAAAAAUACUUGGUUAUAAUUUGACGUACAACAAAUGUAUUUACUGGAUAAAGAAUGGGUUAGUUGGUUCUAAUUCAUUAUUAAGUUUAAAUGUACAAUAUUGUAGACAAUUUUCUUUAAACAGUGGAUUGCCUAAAGAUAUAUCUAAAAACAUUCAUUUGUCUUCAACACAAGGUUGUGAAACUGAUAGAGAUAUUCCAGAAGAGGAAGUUUUCUCCUUGACAAGGACAGUAGAGAUAGAGGACCAUUCUGAAUUGUUUCGCAACACUCUGUAUCCUACUUCGAAUGAUUUCAUAAUUAAUCAGUUAAAGGAGUGUCACACUGUUCAAGAGUUAAUGGAUAUUUUAAUUAAUAACUCUUCAUCACUUACUAGCGAACAUUAUUGUCAGAGCAUCUUGAUACUAUGGGAUAUAACUCGACCUGUCAAACUUGAAGAUGAAAGAAGAACCAAAGAUGUCAUGUCUGAUAUAAACACAAUCCUCCCAAGAGUUUUAUAUUGUAUAUCUUCAAAAAUGGAUGGAUUAACUCCUGAAGCACUUGUGUGUUCAGUGUUAUAUUCCAAUAGAAUGGGGAUCAGCUUAAGACAUCCAUAUAUUGAUGCUUUGUUAUCAAAAAUCAGCAAUCUUCUCAUGAAUGAAGAUGUAGCUGAAUUUCCUCUUUCUGCUCUAUCAAGAUUAACAAUUGCACUUGUGGACAAUGAUGAAUUGUGGUCUAAAUUAUUUCUAAUCAAAACGUUGCCCUUCAUUUAUAAAAACUUUGAUAGGUGUACCAACAGUGAAGAUUUCAGAGCCCUCACCAUCAGCAUGCUUUCAACAACUCCUUACUUGACAGAAAACUUGCUGGUUGAAUAUGGAGUAUUAACAGAGGAAUUGUUGAGGAAUGGAAAUUUAAAUAGUAGUCAUACAUCGAUCCUUGUGAAAGCUAUUUUGCUGCUAAAUAAUAUAUAUUACAAGCCAGAUGCACGUUUCAUGAUUUAUAAACUGCUUCAUAUGAUAAGUGGUAACCUGGAUAAGCUAUUUUUUCCUCAUUUUAUGGAUUUGCAUAAGGUUGUCUGGAAAAAUCUGGAACCAAGUUACAUGAUAAUGGAAUUGGAAAACAUCAAGAAGAAACAAUCACUAAAGUUGCAAUUAAUGAAUGAUGGGCAUUUCUCACCUAUUUAUUUCUACUUGGUCACACUUCCAAUGAAUGCACAGAGUUCAUUGAUUUUACAGCGUGCCAUUAGUGAAGCAGAGAACUUGGAAAGUCUAUUGUGUAUUCUGUCUAACCUGACCACCACCCAGAUGGAAACUUGUAAUAUGCUCUGGACUAAGGCAGCUGACUUGCUGAUUUCUAAGCAGCCAGUGGACAUCAAAAUGUUACAACGAGUCUGUUUAAGGUAUAUGAACUUCACGGCUCGAAUGGGCUCAUACCAUCACAAACAAUUUGAGUCUCGUAUGUUGUCUACGAUUACGACCGAACUGGUGGAGGGGACAGCAGGACUAAGACCUCAUGUAUUCGCUAUGCUUGCAGCAUUUGUGCUGUCAUCGCAUCAUCAUGGCCAUGGUCUCUCAGAUGAUAUCAUGCCCCGGCUGCUCUCCAUGAUGAACCAGUUUGACAUUGAGUGCUGUCUUGUGUUGUCUCGUGGGCUCAGACAUGGUAUGCUCCAUCACAAACUUCAGAGCUAUUUGCAGCUUGAUUCAGCUCUUAACCAGAGAACCAGGGAACUGAUGAAGAACAUGGAUAUAUCCUCAGUUACAGCAUUUAAUAUGAUUUUAAGAUCCUGCAUAAACCGAAAAGCUUCAUUAGAGAGUGAAUUGCUGUGUGAUAUUUUAAAGAGGUUAGACCAGCUGGAUUGGAGCCAAUUGACAUCCAGAUCGCUGAGAAACCUCAUAUACAACUUACAUGUGACCAACACUCUGGUGUCCCAGGCCAUGGACCAGAUGGUGGAGUAUUGCCUACAGGGCCGUCACUACGUCACUGGUGACACAGUGGCUAAGCUGGCCUUCCUCUGCUACUUUCUUGGUUACACGCCAGCUCAUACCAACAGUUUUCUGGCCGUUACUGCUGAUCUCAUCAGCAGAGACCGGGAAGUUCUCAAUGGUCUAACUCUGCUGCAAGUGGGUCUGGCCCUCAGCUACUUCAAUUACCUGCCACCCUCGUUCACCUGCUUCAUCUUCUCUGUCACUAUAGACCGGGAAGUUCUCAAUGGUCUAACUCUGCUGCAAGUGGGUCUGGCCCUCAGCUACUUCAAUUACCUGCCACCCUCGAUCACCCGCUUCAUCUUCUCUGUCACUUUUCUGGAACGGCUGGAUGAUGAGAUCAAAAACUGUUUUGCAAAGGACAAAUAUCCACAGAGAGUGAGGCAGGCUCUGAUGCAGCUGAACCGUUCUGUGUGCCUGGACCAUCCUGAGGCAGAUGUGCCAUGGUUCCACUCCAAGUUUUGUGAACAACAACAAGCUUUAGGACAAUCUGAAGGGAGGCCCAAGUCCCUAUUAUUUACAGAUGUGUUCAGCACCCUGACUUCAUUAGUAGGAAGCCACAACAUUCUUGAACCAACAGCAGUGACCCCUUACGGGUACACCGUAGACGUACAGCUCAAUCUGGAUGCAGCUUUGAAUCCAGUACCUUUUAAAGACUCUGAGAAUGUCGUUAACAAGGUAGCAUUUCUGCUAUACAAUGCAGACAGCUACACAAACUGUGAGCACAGACUAAAGGGCUAUCAUCAGAUGAAACAACGACACCUGGAAAUCUUGGGCUACAGGGUCAUUGGUCUAUCAGAUUCAUUAUGGAAUUCCAUGUUUAUGACUGAGCCAAAGGCUAAACAAGAAUACCUUCAGAAACUGAUCUGGCCUUCAUGACAAGAUAAUGGAUGGAGAGAUCUGUCGUAAGAGUAUCUGCCACUUUUUUUGAAGAAAUAUCCCGGAUUCACAACUGGAGUAGUGUAGUCUAAUAGCAAUCUGUAUAUAUAUUUAUAUUCAGUAUUUAUUUUUUUAUUCUUGAAACAUAAAGUAUUAUGUUUAAAUCAAAGUGUACAUAAAUCUCUCCAACCACCACCAAUAACAAAUGUUAAUGUCGGAUGUUAAACCUUAUAGAUUUAACUAUCGUAAUAGAAGGGGGUUUUAUAAUUCCUUCCAUGUACAUAUUAUUCAAUCAUAGAACAUUCAUUUUCAUUCAAAUGUACUGUGAGUAAAAAGAUCAAAAGCAAU